UAUUCAUACAGUUGUUGGUUGAGUGGUCAAUGUCAGAACUCAAAAGUCAUAGUUCACAUAAUAGCUCAUAACCACUCAUUUUAUCUGUAUACGAACGGCAUAAGCUGCACUUUAGAUUACUGAUUUCUAUUCAGUUCACUCAUCCCUUUUCCAACCAUGCCAGUGGUAGAAACACUUGGUGGUGCUCUUCUUUCUUCUAUCCUUCAGGUUGCAUUUGACAGGCUCGCUUCUCGUCAAGUUUUUGACUAUUUUGGUGGAAGAAAACUGGAUGAGAAGCUGUUGAGGAAAUUGAAUAUGAUGUUGCUGUCCAUCGAUGCUCUGGCUGAUGAUGCAGAACAAAAGCAGGUCAGAGAUCCACGUGUGAGAGCAUGGCUUGGUGCUGUCAAAGAUGUCAUCUUUGAAGCAGAGGAUCUCUUGGAUGAAAUUGACUAUGAACUCACCAAAUGCAAACUAGAAGCUGAAUCUCAAACCAGUGGAAGCCAGGUAUGCAACUUAGACAUGGAAAUUGAAUCAAGGAUGAAACAAGUCCUUGAUGACCUAGAAUUUUAUGCAAGCCAAAAGGGUUAUCUAGGUUUGAAAGAGGUUAGUGGUGGUGGUGUUGGGGUUGAAUUAGGAUUAGGUAGUAAAGUGUUCCAGAAAUUGCCAUCAACAUCUUUGGUGGUUGAAAGUGUUAUUUAUGGCAGAGAUGAUGAUAAAGAAAUCAUCUUUGAUUGGCUUACAUCUGGGGCUAACAAUCAUAACCAGCUAUCAAUACUUUCUAUUGUGGGCAUGGGAGGGGUGGGUAAGACCACGCUUGCCCAACAUGUGUAUAAUGACCCAAUGAUAGAGGAUAAAUUUGAUAUCAAAGCUUGGGUUUGUGUUUCAGAUGAUUUUGAUGUUUUGAUGGUAACAAGAUCAAUUCUUGAGGCAAUCACUGAUUCAGUUGAUAAUAGUAGAGGCCUAGAAAUGGUUCAUCAGAGAUUGAAAGAAAAAUUGAUAGGGAAGAGAUUUCUUCUUGUUUUGGAUGAUGUUUGGAAUGAAAAACGAGAAAGGUGGGAAGCUGUGCAAACUCCUCUUAAAUAUGGGGCUCCUGGAAGCAGAAUUCUUGUCACCACACGCACUAUGAAAGUUGCUUCUACCAUGCGAUCAAAUAAAGAACUUCACCUGCAACGAUUACAAGAUGAUCAUUGCUGGAAAGUUUUUGCUAAACAUGCUUUUCAGGAUGACAAUCCUCAGUUGAAUGGUGAGCUGAAGGAGAUUAGUAUAAAGAUAGUUGAAAAGUGCAAAGGAUUACCUCUAGCCUUGAAAACGAUUGGAAGUCUUUUAUACACAAAAUCAUCUGUUUCAGAAUGGGAAAGUGUAUUAACAAGCGAGAUAUGGGAUUUAGAAGAUAGUGAAAUAAUCCCUGCUUUAUUGUUGAGCUAUCACCACCUUCCUUCUCAUCUUAAAAGAUGCUUUGCUUAUUGUGCCUUAUUCCCUAAAGAUUAUGAGUUUGACAAGGUGCAUUUAAUUUUGUUGUGGAUGGCAGAAAAUUUUUUACAAUGCUCUCAGCAAAGUAUGAAUCCAAAAGAAAUUGGUGAACAGUACUUCAAUGAUUUAUAUUCUAGAUCCUUCUUUCAACAAUCAAGUGGAUAUGGAACAUGUUUUGUCAUGCAUGACCUUCUAAAUGAUUUGGCAAAAUAUGUUUGUGGAGACAUCUAUUUCAGGUUGGGAGUUGAUAAAGCAAAAAGUAUACCAAAAACAACUCGUCAUUUUUCAUUUGUAAUCAAUCACCUUCACUAUUUUGAUGGGUUUGAAAAUUCAUAUGAUGCUAAAAGGUUACGUACAUUUAUGCCAAUUACUGAGGGAAUGGAUCCUUUUUAUCCAUGGCAUUGCAAGAUGCCGAUACAUGAAUUGUUCUCCAAGUUUAAGUUCUUACGUGUUUUGUCUUUGUGUGGUUGUUCUGAACUUACACAUGUGCCUGACUCUAUUGGAGAUCUUAAACAUCUUGUUUCGUUGGACCUUUCCCGUACUAACAUAAAAAAACUGCCUAAUUCAACAUGUUUGCUCUAUAAUUUGCAAAUACUGAAGUUGAACCAAUGUAGAUAUUUGGAGGAGCUGCCCUCAAAUUUGCAUAAACUCACCAAUUUGAGUCACCUUGAAUUUACUGAUACUGAAGUGAAAAUGUUGCCAAGGCAAAUGGGAAAAUUGAAGAAUCUUCAAGUAUCAAUGAGUUCGUUUUAUGUUGGCAAAAGUAGUGAGUUCAAUAUUCAACAAUUAAGAGGGCUCAAUCUUCAUGGAAGGUUAUCAGUUGAGGGGCUGCAAAAUAUUGUGAAUCCCUUAGAUGCAUUAGCAGUGGAUUUGAAAAAUAAAACAAACCUUGUGGAGCUAGAGUUAGAAUGGAAUUGGAACCCUAAUGAUUCAAAGAAAGAAAGAGAUGUAUUUGAUAAUCUACAACCUUCCAAACACUUGAAGAAUUUGUCAAUCAAGAAAUAUGGUGGGACAAAAUUUCCAAGAUGGUUGUUCGAUAAUUCAUUACCAAAUGUGGUGUCCUUAAGGUUGGAAGACUGUAAAUAUUGCUCAUGUUUGCCUCCCCUUGGGCUUUUGCCGUCUCUCAAGCACUUGACAAUUAUAGGGCUUGAUGGGAUAGUGUGUAUUGAUGCUGAAUUUUAUGGAAGCAGCUCUUCAUCAUUCACAUCCUUGGAAACAUUGGUGUUCUCUGAUAUGAAUGAAUGGGAAGAAUGGGAAUGUAAAGGUGUGACACAUGUUUUUCCACAUCUUCAAUAUCUUUCAAUAGUGCAAUGUCCCAAGCUAAAAGGGUGUCUGCCAGAGCAACUUCUUUGUUUAAAGAUGCUAGAUAUUUCUAAUUGUGAACUACUUAUGGCUUCUUUCCCCAAGGCUCUAGAAAUUUGUCAUUUACGCACUUAUCUUUGCCCCAAGGUGAAUAUUCCUAUGAGUUCCUGCUACUAUUUCCUUGAAACAUUGGAGAUCGAUUGUAGCUGCGACUCUUUAACAACCUUUCCACUAGAUUUCUUCCCAAAACUCUCUGUGCUUGAUCUCAGGUGUCAUAAUCUACAAACGAUUUCACAUGAUCACACUCAUAAUUAUCUCAAGGAUCUGAGCAUUAGUGAGUGUUCUCAAUUUGAAUCAUUUCCUAUUGAAGGAUUAUACGCAGCUUGGCUAGAGAGCUUUCGUAUUAAAAGAUUGGAGAAUCUGAAAUCAUUGCCUAAACGCAUGGAUAUCCUCCUUCCAUUUCUUAAGGAGCUACUCAUAAAAGAUUGUCCUCGAGUGGAGUUGUUAUCUAAUGAAGGUUUGCCAUCAAAUCUAAAAGAGAUGAAUCUCUCAAAUUGCUCCAAACUUGUUGCCUCACUAAAAGGGACUUUGGGAGCCAACACCUCUUUACAAGCCUUGUCUAUUGGAGAAGUGGACGUGGAGUCUUUUCCUGAAGAAGGUUUGAUACCACUCUCACUUACUUCUCUAAAUAUUUAUAGUUGCCCAGAUCUUAGAAAAUUGGACUACAAGGGUCUAUGCCACCUCUCCUCUCUCGAGGAAUUGAUUCUUGUUUACUGCCCCAACCUCCAAUGCUUACCAAAAGAGGGUCUGCCUAAAUCCAUUUCAACUCUCAAAAUUUGGGGUUGUCCGUUGCUCCAACAACGUUGCCAGAAACAAGGAGGUGAAGACUGGGAAAAAAUUGCCAACAUUAAAAAUGUCAUGUUUGGUGAUUAAAUCAAUAAGAUGAAGUGAUGAACCACAAAUUUCAAAAUUACACAUGCACCAAUUUUCAUGUGUCCGUCUUUUUUCAUCAGGAUCAUCAAACAACGUUUUGGUGCAUAAAUAGGCCAGGAAACAAUGAGGUUUACUUCUUUUCUUUAAGAUAGAAAGAGCUUUGAAUCAGUAGCUAUGGUGACACAAGAUUUUCAAAUUGGUUUGGACUUUGGAGAUGAUUCACUAUCCAAUAUAGAGUCAUCAACUUUAAAAAUUGUGCCUUGUUUUCCUUGAACUCUCAAGACAAUCCAUGAUGGGAAAGUGAUCAUUGGUUUUAUUGCUCCUUUUGUUUCAUUUGCAUACUUGGAAACCUUGGUUUUCAUGGUCAUAAAGGAACAUGAUAUGAAUGUAAAGUAGUGUGAGGAGCUUUUCAAUAUCUUGGAGAUAUAUUCGUAGUGAAUUUUUCAA